CUGUAUUUUUUUCACUGUCAUUUAGACAAAUGACUCAUUAAUUAAUUAUUCCCUUUUUGUCACAAAUCUCACCCCAUUAAAUCCUCCACCUUAACUGACCUUUUGCCUUCUUUUUCUUCUCCAUUAUUAUCACUUCACUUUCUAACAUGAAGGGUCGUGUUUUUUUCUCUUGGUUUCUGAAAUCACUAGUGAUAAUCACCAUUAUUUGCUUUAGCAAUAAUGUUGAUGUAGCCGAAGCAAAGAAAAAGAAGUUGCGUUCUCCUGCUGUAGCACCCAAAAAACCACCUAAAUAUUUGGCUGAACAGUGUGAUUUUUAUGAUGGAAGAUGGGUUAUAGAUUAUAAAUACCCGCUCUAUAAUGCCAAAGAUUGUCCAUUUCUAUUGCAGCAGUUUGAUUGUGUAAGGAAUGGCAGACCAGAUAGAACGUAUCUCAAGUAUAGAUGGCAGCCCAGAAACUGUGACUUAGCCAGGUGGAAUGGAAAGGAUUUCGUGAGAAGAAUAAAAAACAAUAAGGUGUUAUUCGUGGGAGAUUCACUGAGCUUGAAUCAAUGGCAAUCCUUGUCUUGCAUGCUUCAUUCUGCCUUCCCUCGUGCUAAUUACACCGUCACAAGAAAUGGACCGCUCAUGUCAAUCUUUUCUAUACCUUCGAAGCAAGUGACAGUGAGUUACGCCAGAAAUGCAUUGCUGGUUGACAUAGUGAGGGAGAAAUCGAAAAGAGUGCUAAAGCUUGACUCAGUUGCAAGCUCUUCAAAGCUGUGGACUGGUUAUGAUAUUCUGAUAUUUGAUACUUGGCAUUGGUGGCUUCACACUGGAAGAAAACAACCAUGGGAUGUGAUUCGAGAUGGGAAAGUCCUACACCAAGAUAUGGAUCGUUUAAAAGCUUAUGAAAAAGCCUUGGCAACAUGGGGUAGAUGGGUUUCCAAGAACAUUAAUUUCAAGAAAACUAAGGUCUUCUUCCAGGGUAUCUCCCCUGAUCACAGCAAUGGCACACAAUGGGGGAAGAAGACCAACAAAAUGCAAUGUAAGGGAGAACAGAAACCAACAAAACAGCUAAGGUAUUUUGGAGGUCCAGAUCAAGCAGAUAUGUUGUUGGGGAAAGUGUUGGGAAAAACAGGAAAGCCAAUUCAUUUGUUGAAGUUCACAAAAAUGUCACAAUAUAGAGUGGAUGGUCAUCCUUCUAUUUAUGGAAGCCCUAGGUAUAAAGGCUUAGAUUGUACACAUUGGUGUCUCCCUGGUGUUCCUGAUACUUGGAAUCAACUUCUUUAUGCUAAUAUCAUAUGAAUUGAAAAAAUAUUGUUAUAAUGAUCAGAAAACAUCAAUUUGAAAGAAUGAUAUCAAAAUGAUACUACAAAUUUGUGUUACUAAUGGCUAGUGAGUACUACUCCCUCCGGUUCAAAAAGAGUGUCCACUUAGCCAUUGCACACCCUUUAAAUACUAACAUCUAGGCAAAAUAUUUAAUUUGACUAAAUCAUCCCUAAUUAAAUAGGUAUUGAGAUGUGGUCACUUAACACUUAAGAAGGGCAAAUCUGGAAAAAAAAAAUCUUUCUUGAUUUGGUAAGUAGAUAUUUUUUUUAAAACAUAAAAUAAAGGCUACGUGAACACUAUUUUUUAGCCGGAGGGAGUAUCAAAUGGUGUUGGUAAUUGUAGUUUUGAGUUUCAAUAAUGUUUGUGAUGAUUCACCCGGACUUAUAAAUAAUUUGUGAAAUAUAGCAAGGUAAGUCUUUGUCCAUUCAUCAAAUUUAAGAUCUUUCGGGAAGGUUCUGGCAGGAAAUGUAUAAGUUUCACGGGGCAGCCUCUUUGACAUGGCCAUUUUACUUGUACAUGACUUUCAAACUUUCACACAUAUAGCCGCUUCAGACAUACAGUGUUUAAAGUUAGGUUUGACGAAAUUAAACUUUAAACAUUUUAUCUAAAGUCACAUAUGAAUGAAGUUCAAAGCAAGUAUAGGCGGCAUAGUGAGAAAUACUCAAGGGGAGCUGAUUAUGGCCUUCUCCAAAUCAGUUCAAUGCAGCAGCAACAAUAGGGCUGAAGCCUUGGCAGCCGAGUUUGGUGUGAAAUGGUGCUACCAAGAGGGAUACGCUAAUUUCAUCCUCGAACUAGACUCCAUGGUGAUAGCCAACAUGAUCAACAAGCAGGACUCAAGUAACGCGAAGCUUAAACAGACCGUAAGCAACCUGUUACGACUCCAGAGGCAAACCAACUUUCAAGUAAAGCACUGCUUCAGAGAAUGCAAUCAGGUUGCGGACAGUUUGGCCUAGCUCGCAUCGUUCAGUGACCAGAAUCAAGUUGUAUAUUCUUUUGCUGAGCUUCACAAAAAUUCUAAAGGCCCCUUUCAACUUGAUAAGUGGCAAAUGCCUAGUAUUAGAUCCAAAUUUGACAAAGCUAAUUUUUUUGUUACUUAGAGGCAUAGGUUACCAGAAGUUGGCUUGGCUGUUUUGGCCUCUUCUGGUUUUUUUGAAGGUGAAUAUAUCACAAAGGAGUGUUGUAAUUGAGGUCAGGUCCAGCCCUCCUCUGUAACUUUUUGCUAAUACAACACUACCCAGUCCAAAGCUGGGAAUUUAACAAAAAAAAAAAAAUGAAGUUCAUG